CACCUUUGAGAGCAUCGAGAAGGCCCGCCGCGCUAAAAGCGGCCUCAUGUCCAUCCUGGAGAAGUGAUGCAACUGCGGCAACGCAACCAGAAACCGUCCAGCCGACCAGUUCAACGAAGUUGCAGUAGGGACCGAGAUGCAGUGGAGAGUGACUCUGGCUGUGGCGGUGAUGUGCGUCGGGUGCAUCUGUCACCGUGUUGGUGCUGAGGCGAGGAGCAGGGUGAUGCUGCCGCGGGACUAUGGGGUCAAACUGUGCGGGAGAGAGUUUAUCAGGGCUGUCAUUUUCACCUGCGGAGGCUCCAGGUGGAAGCGAUCCACAGAUGGAGACUUAGAUCCUCUGGAUUGGAGCUCCCUCAGUGAGGAGACGGCAGAAGACGACCCGCAGACGUGGCAGCAGCUGUCAGAGAGCCGCUCUCCUCUCCCCGCGCUCCCCUCGUACUCCCUCACAGACCUCCUGAGCCUCUUUAGGAGCACAGGCGACAGGGAGCAGCCGCCUCUGAGGAGGCACGCGGCUUCGGAGGAGGAGAGGGGGAACGAGCAGCGCUUGACCAGUAAGAAGAAGAGGAACUUUUCUUUGGGCGUGGCAGGGAUGUGCUGCAACCAGGGCUGCACCAAGAAUGAUAUUGGACGGUUAUGUUAAAGCACAAAAAAAUAAAAAGGGGAGAGGUACGGACAGACGUGAGGAUGCAGAGCCAAAAGGUGAAGGGUUUGGUUGCUGCUUAGACAGCAGACACGUCAUUCGAUCCUUCACACCUGAGUGAUAGUCUGGUUAAAUGAUGUUUUCCGUGUCCUGUGCGGCUCAAAUAAAUUUGAAGUGUUAGUAUAACA